AUGUGCUGGUGUACAGCUCUCGCCGCCGCGCCCGUCGCCGGAGGCCGGUGGCCUCCGCACUCCUCCCGCCGCCUCCACCGCCGCCGACAAAGCUCCAUCCGGGCAGACGCGCCUCCCGGGGGCGAGACGCGGCGGAAGAAGGUCGCCGUCGCCGGCGCCGGGUGGGCGGGCCUCGCCGCUGCGCACCACCUCGUCAAACAGGGAUACGAUGUUACGCUCUUCGCGGCGGACAGCGGCCCAAGGGAGGAGGUCGGUCUCAGAGGGUUCUGGUAUCCGUACCGCAACAUUUUCUCACUGGUCGAUGAGCUGGGGAUCUCCCCUUUCACUGGGUGGACUAAAGCGGCGUACUAUUCUCCACAAGGACUUGCAGCUGAAUUCCCCGUGUUCCAUGACCAGCCUCGAUUGCCAGCUCCCUUUGGAAUCUUUGCAUAUCCUGAAUUCCCCAGUCUUCCUCUGAUUGAUAGAUUGACAUCAAUUCCUGUCCUAUCUGCAGUCAUUGACUUCGACAACACAGACACUGCCUGGAGGAAGUAUGAUACAAUAACUGCAAGAGAGCUUUUCAAAAUGUUCGGGUGCUCUCAAAGACUCUACAAGGAAAUUUUUGAACCAGCUAUUCAGGCUGCCCUGUUUGCUCCUGGUGAGCAAUGUAGUGCAGCUGCAACAUUGGGGAUGUUGUAUUAUUAUAUGCUCUCCCACCAGGAAAACUCUGAUUUUGUGUUGUGCCGUGGGGAAGUAGAAGAUGCCAUUUUCUCUCCUUGGCUAAAAUCACUAGAACUAAAAGGCAUAAAAUUCGUUGCAAAUAGAGUUCCUACAAGUUUGACGAUAAAUAUGGACACCGAAUGUGUCUCUGAAGUUGUCUGUGGUGAGGAGGUAUAUGACGCAGAUGCAUUUGUUUUGGCCACUGGACUCUCACCUCUACAAUCUAUCAUUCGGAACAGUCCGUGUCUACAGUCAAGACAAGAAUUCGCUGAUCUUCUGCAUCUGUCUACAGUUGACGUGAUCUCCGUAAAAUUAUGGUUUGAUAAAAAGGUCACAGUUCCAAAGGUCGCUAACAUUUGUUCCAACUUUGAUGAUUUAUCUGGCUGGACAUUCUUUGACCUAACCUCUGUAUACGAUGAUUACAGUGACGAACCAGGAACAGUUGUGGAGGCUGAAUUUUACAAUGCUAGCCAUCUUUUCCCACUGAAUGAUAAACAGAUUGUUUCUGAAGCUUCAUCACGCCUUAUUAAAUGUAUAGGAGAUUUUGAGGGGGCCACUGUGAUCCAGCAAUUUGUCAGAAGAUCUCCUGGAUCUGCAAUGCAUUUUCUUCCAGGUUCUUACAAGCACACAGUGCGGGGAACAACAUCCGUUCCAAAUUUGUUUAUUGCCGGUGAUUGGAUAGUCAACCGACAUGGAUCCUUCUCAAAGGAAAAAGCGUAUGUGACUGGACUUGAAGCUGCUAAUAUGACGGUGGACUAUUUUGGCGAUGGAGACUUCGCUAAAAUCAUUGCAGUUGAAGGAGAUGAGCCUCAUAUAGAGACAGUGCGUGAUCUCAACAGAAGAGCCAAUGAACUGAAGACUCAAAUUCCUUUCUCAGAGUUUUUUCUCCCAUGAAAUGAUCGCAAUUUUCCUAGGCCAUCACCAGUGCUAUCAUAUACAACUCAUUCAUAAAAGUGCCGUUAUCAUACAACUUAUAUAUAAAAGGUUAGCCAGUUCUAAUUUUAUUUUAUUUUUUCCAUUUGUUUUCAUUUCUGUGACUUUGUUGAAGUGCAGGUCUUUGUGGAAGGUAAUGUAUUACUAAUGCAUACUAAAACUUAUGACAGGAGAAAGUGUUCUGAAAUAUGGCAGCAUUGUUUGUCUAUAUAAAAUUAUACAUACACAUUAGCAAAGCAACUUGCUCCUGAGUUGUAAUUUACAGUUUGCUUCUUUGUGGUAUACAUUAAAAUAUCUCUAUACAACUCCAUUCAUCAAGAGGCCCUAGUUUCCUCAGAUAUCGUCGGCCACGGGCUGCUGCUGAAAUCAAGUUGACCCACCAGUAUAGCAUCAAAUAUGCCUUUCUCCGUUUCUGCUCAGAUUUGCAACAUUUAGCCCGGGGAUGUAUACAGUGCAGUAUGUUAAGCUGAAGAUGUAUGGAAAUGUACCUCCCCAGAAAGGCGGCGACCCACAUAAGAGAAUAUACAAGAUCACUCCAGCGCUCCAGACGUCUAUCUCUUUCCCAUAAUUUCUAUGUAAAACUUCUGGUGCCACAUAGUAUGCACUUCCUACAAUGUCCUUGUACACCUUUCCUGCAUUUAUCGAGGAAAAGAUGAUAUAUGAGCUUAAUUGCUAAUGUGAAUUCUUCUUCCUCGGAUUA